UCUAUAUAUAGAUUCCAAGUUCUUUCAAUGGCAACUCACAACCAAAGCUUCUCUUUUUCUUCAUAAACAAUCUUGAGAUCACAUUUCACUUUUUGGAUCUUUUUAUCCACUUAGAACAAAAGACCUUGGAAAAUCAUGGGUGUUCGAUUGCCGGGGAUCUUUCAAGCUAAGAAAGUUAUUGGAAGAGUUUUCUCAACCUCAAUGGCUUUGGAUGUGCCAAAAGGCCACCUAGCUGUUUAUGUUGGCGAAAAUGAGAAGAAGAGGUUUGUUGUUCCAAUUGCAUAUUUGAGGCACCCUUCAUUUCAGAAAUUGUUGAGUAAAGCUGAAGAAGAAUUUGGAUUCAAUCAUUCGAUGGGCGGGCUUACAAUCCCUUGCAGAGAAGAGACCUUCAUUGAUGUCACAUGUAGCUUGAAUUGCUCAUGAUAAGCAUCAACUCAAAAGAGAAUCCAAAAUUCUAGUCCACAAUUUUGAUAUAUAUAUUUUUCUUUUUGGAUUCAUUCCAUUUUGAGAUAGAAGAGUUCGGAGUGUCUCUAGCUGGAUCAAUGUAAAGCUAUGUUUUUAGUUGGGAAAUGAAUUGGUAUGAAUUAAUCACUUCAUUUUGAUUGA